CGCCGCCGCCGCCGCCGCCGCCGUCCGAGAAGGAGUCAGACGCCGCGAGGCCGCCGUCAGCGCCAUGCCUAAGAAUAAAGGUAAAGGAGGUAAAAAUAGACGUAGAGGUAAGAAUGAGAACGAGUCUGAAAAAAGAGAGCUGGUAUUCAAAGAGGAUGGACAAGAAUAUGCACAGGUAAUUAAAAUGUUGGGAAAUGGACGAUUAGAAGCCAUGUGUUUUGAUGGUGUAAAGAGGUUGUGUCACAUCAGGGGAAAGUUGAGGAAAAAGGUUUGGAUAAAUACAUCAGACAUCAUAUUGGUUGGUCUCCGAGACUAUCAGGAUAAUAAAGCAGAUGUCAUUUUAAAAUACAAUGCAGAUGAAGCAAGAAGUCUGAAGGCCUAUGGUGAACUUCCAGAGCAUGCUAAAAUCAAUGAAACGGAUACAUUUGGCCCUGGAGAUGAUGACGAAAUCCAGUUUGAUGACAUUGGAGAUGAUGAUGAGGACAUUGAUGAUAUCUAAAUUGAACCCAGCGUUUUACAUUCCAUAAUAUCUGAGGAUUGUCCUACAAUUUGGUUGUGAGCUCUGACUCAUUGUAGAAGAUUAAAAUUUCAUUAGCAUGAGUAUGCAAUUUGUUCAAGCAGACUGAUUUGUUUUAAGGUAUUAGUGUUUAAAAAUGGAGAAUGCAGAAAUAUCUUAAGUGAAAUGUUAAACCCACUUUGUUCUUUUAAUGUAAUAGAGUUUA